AAUUCUCCUUCUUAUCUUCCUUUCAGGGGAGGAAACACAAAGACAAAAUAGCAAGAAUGGGGAGUGGAAGAGAAGGAAUAUAUUUCAUAGCCUUUCUCCUUCUCUUCUCUCCUUCGGGAUUGAGAUUCUCAGAGGCUGCAACAGAGGACCCAAUUCCCGCAGAUUGGCCUCACCAGUUCCACGCGUUGAUGUUCAUGAACCGAACCGGAGUUCUCCAGAAAGUGGACUUGUGGUACGACUGGUCCAACGGUCGCAACUUCAACAUCAUUCAGAAUCAGCUGGACAACGUUGUAACCUACGACCUGGAGUGGAACAACGGCACCUCCUUCGUCUACACGCUCCAUCCCUCCAACCCCACGUGCCAGGUCCUGCACGUAGAAGUGGGUAUUCUCCGCCCCAAUUGGCUCCAGGGUGCAACCUAUCUGGGUCAGCAGCGCGUUGAUAAUUUCCUCUGCAAUGUGUGGGAGAAGGUCGAUUUCAUUUGGUACUACGAGGAUGUCCUCACUCGCAGGCCUGUUAAGUGGAUCUUCUACUCAGGAUACACUGCUCACGUGAUGACAUUUGAGGUCGGUGCAGUACUUGAGGAUCCAAAUUGGCAGGCUCCUGUGUACUGUUUUACUGAGAAUGAAAAGGAAAAUGAUAACCCCAUUUUAAGAUCUGCUGUUCGUGGUGGUUCUCUUAGGAGUUUGAUGAUGUAAUUAUAGUUUUUAUCAACUAGAGGUGCUCAUGCAUCACUCUGUUGUUUGUGAGCUAUGACAGUCUUUGGAACUUGUGCUAGACCAAGUACCCACAAAUUUUAUUGAAUUUGCUCUGUUUUUGUGGGACUUAUCUAAUGUUUUGUUACUUUUAGUAGUCACACUCUGGUAAAAGAGGCUUAAUUUGUUGGCUCAUAAGAGAUGGUAUCAAGGCUUGGCCUUAGUUUACCAGAUACUUGUAAGUUAUUGAAUUAGAAAAUUUGAAAUAUUCUCUUUGGAAAGAGAUAUUUUGUAAAGUGUUGGUCUUCCAUUCACUUGUCAAACAUUUUUUAUGACUGAUAAGUGGAACCAUUGUAAGUGAAGUGGGAAAGUGUAACCUAAUGUUGUAUAGAAUCCUGAUAAGCGGAAUCAUUGCAAUUCUUUUGCUUAUGAUUUGAAUAAAAUUCUACAUGAAGAGACGUGAAUAA